AUGGACGACGACGAUCACGACGAUUUCCUUGACGACAUUCUUGGCGACGAUGAAACCGAAGAGAGUGUAGGACAAAUGCUGGACGCCGUCAACUCGAGUGCCAUGGACGACGAUGACGAUGAUGACGACUCCUUGGACGGCCUUUUAGACUCGGCACCCAAUUCUCCAGCAAAGGAAAGCAAGCCAACGGUGGAUCCCAAUUCACUGAGUCUGACGCAAGCAGCUGCCAUUGCUUCGGGUUAUGUGGAACAUGAUGACAUGUUGGACGAUCUAUUGGCCAGUCCUGCGGCAUCCAAAGCAUCGGAAAAGGAUGUGGAAAGUUUUCCAGACGAAGAAGAAGAAGAAAAACCCGAUCAACCAGAUUUGGGAGAAAUUACUAGAGGUUCCUUUGUAUCCAAGGAGAUUUCCGACAUGGAAGAUGCCUUGGAUGGCGCUUUAGAACCAUCGGAAAAGGAUUCGGACGAUUCCGAGGAUGAUGACAGUGAUGUUUUGCACGGAAACUUGGAUGAUUUGGAUUUGGGUGACUUUGAGGCGCAACCUGAUGAAAAACCUGAUGAAGAAGAACCACCUAUGGAACCUGUCGAAGUGAAGGAUACUCCAAUGACAGAAGAAAAGAAGGAAAAGGAGGAGGAUGACGUCAAACCAGCGGAACCAGAAGUGACUGCUCCACCAACUCCUCCUGCCGCAACUGCUGCUGCUGAAGACGAGAAGUUUGAGACUCCAAUGUCACCCCUUACACAUGAAGAUGAAUCUGAAUUUGAUGACUUUGAUGCCUUCCUUGACGACGCCCUAGAAGUACCAGAACCUGCUCCAGCUCCAACACCGGCACCUGCGCCUUCAAAACCAAAGUCAGAACCCAAAUCAAAACCAAAGUCAGCGCCCACUACGACGAAACCCAAGCCAGCUCGCAAGCCAACAGUUCCAGUCGUUUCCCGAAAACCAGCAGUUCCAAAGAUCAAACCCACAACUUCAUACAAACACGAUGAUCAACCCAUCGGCGACCUUAAAAAGCCCAAAAAGAAACCUCUUUCCUUUCUCUCCAAAAAGAAGACGACAACUCCUAGUGGCAAUGGAGAAAAGAAAAAGUCGGGAGGCAAAAAGGGUUUCAUUUCUACUAUCAGCCGCUGGUCCAACCGCAGCAAAGAUACUUCCAAAAAACCAACUUCGACCAAAAAGACGUUCAGCUCCAACCGCAGCGUUGCCACCAGCGUUGCUACCGCCCGUAGUACUGCUAGCGGCAAGAAUGCAAUGACUUCUGGUGGAUCUGUAUGUAGCAUUGUUAACCAAACACAAACAAAAUCACGCGGCAGUGAUAUCAUACAGUGCGGCGUCCAGUUCAAUCCCUUUGUUCAUGGCUUUCGAGCAGCCUGCGAUCUCUGUGUUCACUUUUUGUCCGACAAGGAAACCUUUAAAUUCCUCGAGACGGGACGAUCGCCCCGGGUCAUGCAGACGCGAGGAGGAUGUUGCACGGAUUGUCAAGUGUUCCCACGGCCGCCCAGCGGACCAGGGAUUCGACUAUGUCGUCAGUGUUAUUACAAUUCUCAUCGGGAUGUCUUUCAAAAGUAUGUGCACGAGCAUAAUGUUCUGCAAACACUAAGUACAUGA